AGAGUCUGGGACCAAGAUUCAAACCAGCGGCUCUCUCUCUCUCUCUCACUGAAAAUGUCGGUGAUGAAUCAAUUGUUGACUUCGAUUUCUUCAACAUCCUCGGGCUUAUUUGGUCAAGAUCACCUCUUGGAUAUAAGACCAAAGAAUGUCUUGCUUCCAGCAACAAAAAGUUGGAUUUGUAAAUGCGUUGCGACGCCUUCUGUUGAGAAAACUGCUUACAAAACAAAGGUCUCUCGCAAUGAAAACAUGGGCAAACUUCAAGCCGGUUACCUGUUUCCAGAGAUUGCUAGAAGGAGGACUGCACAUAUGUUGAAGUAUCCUGAUGCACCAGUGAUAAGCCUUGGAAUUGGUGACACUACUGAGCCCAUUCCUGAUGUUAUAGCUUCUGCUAUGGCAAAGAGGUCAAAUUCACUUGCCACGAUAGAAGGUUACAGUGGUUAUGGAGCUGAACAAGGCGAAAAAUUAUUGAGAGCUACAAUAGCUUCAACUUUUUAUGCAAACCUUGGCAUAGAGGAAGAUGAUGUAUUUAUUUCGGAUGGUGCAAAAAGUGACAUCUCCCGCCUCCAGGUCCUUUUCGGCUCUGAUGUUACGAUUGCUGUACAAGACCCAUCAUACCCGGCUUAUGUAGACUCAGGUGUCAUUAUGGGUCAGACUGGGCAGUAUCAAAAUAAUGUUGGCUAUGGAAAUAUUGAAUACAUGAAGUGUACUCCUGAGAAUGAUUUUUUUCCUGAUUUAUCUACCAUCUCUCGAACGGAUGUCAUAUUUUUCUGUUCACCGAACAAUCCAACUGGUUCUGCUGCAUCAAGGGAUCAACUGACUCAACUGGUACAAUUUGCAAAGGACAAUGGGACAAUAAUAAUCUAUGACUCUGCAUAUGCAUUGUAUAUGACGGAUGACACCCCAAAGUCCAUCUUUGAAAUUCCUGGUGCCAAAGAGGUUGCAAUAGAGAUUUCAUCAUUUUCCAAGUAUGCUGGGUUUACUGGAGUUCGUUUAGGUUGGACAGUGGUUCCAAAAGAACUGCAAUUUUCUGAUGGAUUUCCCGUUGCCAAAGACUUUAAUCGCAUCGUUUGUACUUGCUUCAAUGGUGCAUCUAACAUUGCCCAAGCUGGAGGACUGGCAUGCCUUUCGCCAGAAGGCCUUGAGGCUAUGCAGGAGGUGAUUGGUUUCUAUAAAGAAAACACUCGUAUCAUAGUCGAAACGUUUCAAUCACUUGGUUUCAAUGUGUACGGAGGGAAAAAUGCACCAUACGUAUGGGUGAACUUUCCUGGCGAAAGUUCAUGGGACGUGUUCGGUGAGAUUCUUGACAAGACCCAUGUCGUUACAACUCCUGGCAGUGGGUUUGGACCAGGUGGUGAUGGCUUCAUUAGGGUUAGUGCCUUCGGCCAUAGGGCCAAUGUGUUGGAAGCAUGUAGAAGAUUCAAGAAGCUGUACAAGUGAAAGGAAAUGGUUUCACUUGCCUCCACCAUUUUCUGCCUCAGCAAGCUGCAGCAAAAACUUUCAAUGGUCUUGUUGAUGUUGCAGGUUUUUUUUUUUUUUUCAGAGAAGGCGUUCUGGUUUCUGGAAGAGCCCAGUUUUGAACAUAAAAGUGUUUUUCUGAGAAAAGCUACUUAUGUUGAUAAAAUCAUAUACAAAUUUUGCGGCCUAUAA